CUGAUUUAAAAAAAAUGAAAAAAUAAUAUUAUAAUUCAUAUUCAAUUAAGACUUUAAUAUUAAACAAAGAAUAGAAUUCAAAAUCCAGUGCGACCAAAACAGGAAUAAAAAGAAGUGCUUUUGAAAACAAGAGAGGGAAAGGGGCAGAUAUGGAGAGCGUUUUAACGUGGUGGCAAGUAGCGAGUUUAUGUGGUAUUAUUUCGUGGAUUUGGGUAGCUUCUCAUUUGAAUUUGACAAAAAAGUUUAGAUCUCUGGUGCAAUUCUGGGUGACCCGUCAGGUCAUCAAUGGGACUUCGUUCAUUCUUCAGAUCCAGAGUUACGAACAUAAAUUUUUGGAUGCUUUUUUCUCUGUGUUAUCUUGUGUUGUCUCGGUGCCUUUUUAUACAGCUUUUUUGCCUUUUCUCUUCUGGAGUGGACAUGGAAAAUUGGCCAGACAAAUGACACUACUGAUGGCUUUUUGUGAUUAUUUUGGGAAUGCUAUAAAGGAUGUGGUUUCAGCUCCUAGACCAAAUUGCCCACCUGUGAGGAGAAUAACUGCUACAAAAGAUGAGAAAGAGAAUGCAAUGGAAUAUGGAUUGCCUUCUUCUCACAUUCUUAACACAGUUUGCUUAGCCGGGUAUCUGUUGCACUAUAUCCUAUCGUAUUACCAACAUGACAAUGACUUCGUAAAAUUUGCAGGAGUUGGCCUUGUUUGCUUGUUUGUAGGGCUUAUUGGUUUAGGAAGAAUUUACCUUGGCAUGCACAGUCUGAUUGAUAUCAUAGGUGGACUUGCAAUGGGACUGUUGAUACUUUCGUUUUGGCUUACUGUGCAUGAAGUCAUUGACAAUUUUAUAGUCUCUGGACAAAAUGUUACAUCAUUCUGGGCUGCCCUGAGCUUCUUGUUGCUCUUUGCAUACCCAACACCUGAGUUUCCAACUCCAAGUUUUGAGUUCCAUACUGCCUUUAAUGGUGUUGCAUUCGGAAUUGUAGCUGGAGUCCAGCAAACAUACUCACAGUUCCACCACGAGGCAGUGCCAUGCCUCUUCAGCUCAGAACUCACAGUACCUGCUUUCAUAGGAAGAAUUCUUGUGGGACUACCGACAAUUCUUCUUGUGAAAUUCUGCAGCAAGGCGCUUGCUAAGUGGAUUCUUCCUCUAAUAUCACACACCAUAGGCAUCCCGAUAAAAUCAAGCGGCUACAUUCCCAUGCUUAACGGAUCUGUUAGUGGAAACAAGUCUGAUAAUAUUAAGCAGACAAGUUAUGCCCAGAAGUUAUUCUUUUUCUCUGGGCAGGAUAUCUUCGAUGUUGAUACUGGUAUUAGAUUCCUUCAAUACGUAGGACUUGCAUGGUCAGUGGUAGAUCUUGUUCCAUCAGUCUUCUCUCACUUGAGGCUAUAACAUUCAUCUGAAAGAAUGCUCAACUUAUGCUCAACCGGUGCUUGUUGCAUGAUAUUAGUAUGCUUUCCACGGUGAAUAUAUAUAUGUUAUUCCGUAGAUCACCUAUUUUGUUUAGGGAGAAAACAAUCCAUUUAUCUUUUUUUUUUUUUCCUCUUUUUUUUGGGUUUCCUCUUCUAGUUGAGUGGUUCUGCAGUUGCUAAAAUAUGUAGUGACAUUUAGUGAAGUAGGUGAAUCCAUGAUGAAAUUAUUUAGUAA